AUGUGUUGGUCUCAAAGUACAUCCGGAUGGUUUGCACUCAUUGGAGCCUUGAUGAGUGCCGAUCAGUUUAGAAGAUUCUACAAAUUGUAUUCUACUAAUCAAGUUGGAUCCACAAGAAUGUUCUCUCAAUUUCUCUUAUAUUUCACAUAUACAUUGAUGGAACUUUUGCAACAUAUUCAAUAUAGAGUUGGAUUGGAAAAUAUGGAGGGAACUGAGGGUAGAUGUGUACAGUCCUUGUUGGAAAGCCCAAAUGUUUUCUUCUCUUUAGUUGCCCAUUUUCUUGUGUGGCUUCAACCUGUUGUUCACAAUUACUGGAUUUUGCAUAAUUCUAAAAAAGGGAAAUUGGCUUUCAAGUUGAGUUUGACAUUGGCUUGGAUCACUUUGAUUGUUGCUACCAUUUCUUUGGUUAUGGGGUAUAAUAACAUGUUUGGAUUUGGUAAACCAGAGAUAGCUCACAAUCAUACGCCUGUAGAUCCUGCCAUUAUUUUCGGAGUUCAUGUCCACAAUGUUGAUUCCAAAUUGUGUAGUUAUCAAGGUCCAAAUCAUUUAUUUUGGAUGUUCCCUUAUCAUCCAAUGUGGAAUUAUUCCUCUGCCAAUUGGUUCGUUUGGUUGGCCAUUACAAUUAUUCCACAUUUCUUUAGAAGAUCAAUUGGUUUUCGUGAUUUCUUGGGAAAUAACAUUGUGGUUGGUUGUGGAGUUUUCUCAGGUUGGAUUGCUUCGGUUGUGGUAACCUUAACUGUAGGAAAUGGUUAUCAACAUGAAAUUCCAUCAUAUUGGUGUUUAAUAUCAAUGCCAUUCCUCAUUCUUCCAUAUUUAGUGGCAUUGAUUUUCAAACCAAAGAGAUUUAAUUUUGAUGAAACAUUAUAUCUGAAGAAUAAGAAGGUUGACUAA